GUAGUAGACUGAAACGUCAAAUAUAAUAUUUAUUUAUUGACAUCUUCGUUUCAAUUAUUUCCUUCGUUGUUUUUAUAACAAAUUAUUUGGACAUGGAUUAAUGUUGUAUUUCUAGUUUUUAAUAAUAAAACUAUGUCAGGUGAUCGUAAUCAAAGUCCUACAAGUACUAUCAACUUAGCUGAUCCCGAAGAAGCUGUGCUGAUGGAUCCUAUAGACCACGAACGCUGUCGAUACCCUUACUGUAUAGUUUGGACCCCAAUACCAGUGCUCACUUGGAUUUUUCCUUUCCUUGGACACAUGGGCAUUUGUACCUCAUCAGGAGUAAUCCGAGACUUUGCUGGCCCAUACUUUGUAUCUGAAGAUUUGAUGGCAUUUGGAAAUCCAACAAAAUACUGGCAAUUAUCUCCACAAAAGGCAAAUAAUGGUCAGGCAGGGUGGGAUGCAGCUGUUGCUGAAGCUUCUGAAAUUUAUAAAAAAAGAAUGCACAUACUGUUCUAUGACAAUUGUCAUUCCCACGUGGCGACUGCUCUGAACAUAAUGAGUUAUGGAGGCUGCAAGAACUGGAACAUGGUGAAACUGGCUUUCUACAUGAUACCAUACUCUAGUUAUGUCAGCAUUGGAGGGUUUCUCAAAACAUGGAUUCCAUUUUUGAUAAUAGUAGCAUUUAUAGUUGGUUUAGCAGCAAUAAUUUAGAUGCAAUUACAAAUCGAAUGCUGUCCCAGUGCUAUGCUUCUGAUUGAUGUGAGCUCUUGUAUUGAAGACUUUGUGUGUGGUGGAUAUCAUUGGUGCUGGAUGUGUGAUGGAGACUGGUAGUGGGCUGGAGCUGGACUGGUUGUUCCACACAAAUAUAAGAUAGUUAAUAUAAUAUUAUUUAUAGUUUUAUGUGCUAUUGUGUAUUGAUAAGUUACAUGUAACUGAUAUGAUACAUUCUGGUUAAACAUAAUGACAUUCUUUUAAUAUAUUCUUUGAAUUAUGUUUCUAAAGCACCUGCAGUACACUUGUCUAUAGUAUUCUAUUUCUAUUAUUCUUGUUUAGUUACUGUAGCUGUGUCUAUAUAGUUAUUUAUGAUAAAGAUAAUGUAUUUGUUUGUUCUUGGCUUUGUUACUUAUUUGUCUGGAGAAACAUGUUGUCAAGAAGGAAUUGUCUUAAUUAUACAAUAAAAAAUAGUUUUAUUUCAA